AUGCAGACGGGCGAUCAUCAGAUUCUGGCCGGAAAUGGGAGGUAAAUUUUUCAGUUUUUCACCCAAAACUAAUUUUUACGAAAUAAACUUGAACUCGGCGCCCAACACAAAUCUCAAAGAUAUUACAGAACAUUUGUGCCGAAGGCGUCCGGAGCACAAAAUGCGUCGUUUGCGCCCAAUUCGCACACGGUCCGAAUGGUCGAUCAGAACGGACACGCCAGGGUGAUUUAUUGCAAUUUGUAUCGAAAAUGCCGGGGAAAAGUUCUGGCUAAGAAGACGUCUUAAAGCUAUUUUCGUCAUUCUGACCGUUUACAUCUACUCGUAUGAUAUGCCACGUGGCACUUUCCUACGGAUGCCCGAAAAGUCGGCUGGAUGGCCAGACCGAGUGAUCAGUUGUCAUCUAAAGUGCCUCAAACUCAUUUCGGGACUAGUCCCAAACCGAAAUCAGAUGUUUGUGCCGAGAGGUUCGGCAUCCGUGCCAUCAAAAUCAAAUGACGGCAUGGAUUGAUUCAAAUCAACUACUUUCUUACAAUAUCUGAAAUUUUCCCGUUUUCAGAUGGUUCAAAUGGCAGCGCCAAGCCGUCCAAUCAUUGGGAACGGAGGCGGUCCGCACGUGGUUCGUCAGAUGAAUUCUGGCAAUGGAGGACAGCAGUUUCAGCAGAACUAUGCACAGGGAGUACGUGACUUUUGAACCUGAGCCUGCUCGUUGGACUUUUGAACUAGUAGCACUAGUCUGAUCGGACCCAAACUUGGCGGGCUUCUUGAACAUGGAUUGAAGUAUGCUGGGACCAAGUUUCAGCCCGAUCGGAUUGUUUACAGUCAAGAUAUAGAAAAGCCCGGGAUUUCGGUCAAUGAGCCACAUAUUUCGGACUUCAUUCCAUGUCCAAGAAGCCAGACUGGCUCAAAAGUCCAAGAGAAGGGGCCGGCCAAUUGGCGAGCCCUAAUUUUUAGGAGAUUUUUACAAAAUUAUCAUUUUUGCAGGGUACGAUAGCGAGUCGAAGUGUCGGUGGAAUGCCAGUUCGGACGGUAGUUCAGGGAACACAACAACACGUUUAUCAGAGUGAGUUUCCUAGAAAUUACUUACCUGAUGUCCGUUGGUCCGUGCUAAAAUAAAGCUGCGAACAAAUGCGCAGAAAAUUUUUGCCAAAAGUCUGAUAACCGCCAUGCAUUUUGCAGGGUCGAACGGCGGUCAAAUAGUGCAACAACAUCAGCAACGUACCGUGUACAUGGCGGCUUCCGGCCAACAGAAUGGCGGUCAGAUCCGAUACGUUCAGACGUCGCAAAACCAGCAACAACAGGUAUUCGGCAGAAACCAAGUGCGUGCUCAUCCGAAAAUUAGCGGAGAUUUCAGGCUGUGGGCCGCGUUCAUCCGAAUCAAUCGAUAAUGCAGCAAAGGGUCGUACCGGGUCAGACGAGUCAGCCGCAAAUGCAUCAGAGACCGCCGAUGCAUCAAAUGGCACGGCAAAUGCAGCAAAUACCCCAUCCGGCCGCGCCCACUUCUCAACAGUUUUAUGUGCCGACUGGAAUGAAUUUGGCCGUUCCGCUCAGAGAACCAUCUCCUGAACCGGUAGGCAUUUUGUGGAAAGGAAUCAAUUUUUUUUGGAGAACGCUUCUUUUUUGCAGAUGCCAGUAAAAGUGGAAGAACCGGAAGUGCCGGCGGAGAGCUCGAUUAAAAAAGAGGAGCCCGCGGAACCGGAAGACGCGCCCGACAUUGAUAUUCAGGUAGGGAUGAAUUUGAGAAUUGGUAGCAUUCCGGUAAAGCGUUUGAAAGUUUUACGCUCUGUCUGAUGAACAGUCAUUCUGACGAAGAGCUAUUGUAGAUUCGAAAUGUGGUGUGCAACUACACACUGCCCCUGCACAUUGAUCUUCGCAAACUGGCGAUGAACACGCACAACGUGACGUACGAACGCGAAAAAGGAGUGAUGAUGAAGCAGAAACGGUCGCCCGGCUGCUACAUCAAAGUGUACAGCUCGGGGAAAGUGUAUAUUGUCGGGUGCCGGAGGUGAGACACUUUUCAGAAUGCGUUUUCUAUUCUUCAUGUUCUCUCCUUUUCAGUGAAGUGGAUUGUAAAAUUGCGGCCCGUUCGAUCGCCCGACAUAUUCAACGAGUGAUGGGGAAAACGCACGAGCGAGUCGUUAUUCGCAAUUAUCGGGUUCGUUUAAAAAACUUGAACAUGUAGUUUUUGGACCAAUGUUUGCUGUUUCAAAAUAAUUUAAAUCGAUUUAUUUCAAAUAAACUGUUAUCGGGUAAUUCAGCAAUGACAAGAAAUGGAAAAAAAACAGUGCACGUGUUGCUUUUUUUUUCAUUUUCUGACAUCGCUGAAUAACCGCAUUAGUUUUAUCACAACAUUUCGCGAAUAUUUGGAAUUUUAGGUGAACAACGUGCUGGCGACGGUCCGUUUGCCGUUCGGAAUCAAAAUCGAAGAAGUGGCCGCCCAAUACCCGGCCCAAUCCACCUACGAACCCGAAUUGUCCGUCGGAUUGGUCUGGAGAUCAACGGCUCCGAAGGCGACGCUCCGAAUUCACACCACCGGAUCGAUUACCAUCACUGGAGGUACGUACCUUCUUUUUUUUUUUUAAAUUAUCUAAAGUGAAUAUACUUUAUUUGUUCGCAGCCGCUUCCGAAAAUGACGUGGUGGAAGUGCUGAGCAUCGUCUAUCCGAUCGUCGCCAAAUUCCAAUGUCCGGAGAGAGCACGCGGAGGUGCCGCGGCUGCCCAACAGAAAAAGAGGAAAAGGAAGGCGCCGACGACUAGAGGGUAAGAGAAUUGUUUCGUGAAAAAAAAAAUGGUUUCGUUCUCUAAUUUGAUUUAUUUUCAGACCGCCAAUCAAACGUGAACGCUUCGACGACGCGAAUUUCGGAAAUUCGGGAGUCAUUAAUAAUCAGGUACGGGUUUUUAAGGUUUUUCCUCCAAGUUUUCGUGUCUCUCCGAAUUGCCUCUUAUUGCCACACACACACACACUGUCCUAAACGGAACAGCGCGCCGUUAAAGUUGUGGCCGUGGCCGAGAAAACUCAGAUGUGAAAACUCUUCCCUGCUGAUAAUAUGACACCCUUGCACUUUGGCAAUCUGUUAAUUUGUGUGAAUGCUUCACGACGUCUGAAGAUUGUGCCGAAUGCAAAAAAUACGGAAAAGGGCACAUGGCCUAGAAGUUUUCUAGGCAACUUCAACUGAGUUGAGACUCUGACAGUGAAUGUGGCAAUAAGAGGCAAUUCGAAAGACAGACACAUCAACUCGCAGGGUUUCCUGGUCCUUUAAGUGAUCAAAGGAACCAAUACUACUGGAAUUUCAGCAUUAUUUCAUAUUCUCUUCAAAAAUCCGUUUUCCAGGUCUAUUUCUCCGACGAGGACGAGGAUUUGUACGAUGAGCUCGAUUUGGAUGAGUAG